AAAUCAAAAUAUUUUUGUUUUCGUUUCUUUUUUCUUUAAAACAGAGUUAAAACUUACGUAUUGCAGUUAUUUAACGCGCAGAAAUUAUGAAUUCGCUUAGGAGGUGGCCCGAGAAAAAGCCUUCUACGAAGGAAAAGAAAUUAAGCAAACUGAUCCAUGAAAAAACAGAAUCUGGCGAUGAAAUAGAACAUGAAUUAUCUUACUAUAUCAACGACAGGGUAAAACUAAUAAAGGAAGUUCUGAAGAUUAUCAAACCUAAGAAAAUCAGGAGUAUGGCACCUCAAUUCAUGAGGAAUAUGGAAAAUGAAGAGAUCAACUCCAUGCUCUUGGAAGAACUUCUGGGUAUCUCAAAUAAAAGGUUAAAAUAUAUAUUCAAUGGUAUGAAUCUGGAGGAAGACAGUAGUUCUACUGACCCAGAAGAUGAUCAAAAACCUAUAGAUGUGAUAUCACUGGAUGAUAUCAGUGAUGAUGCACUAGAGGAUGUUAUAGAUUUAGAUUCAGAUAAAGAAUCCAAAAGAAGACGCUGCAGAAAACACAGACACAAAAUCAAAGAAGAACCUCAACCCAAAAAAGUGAAAAAAGAAAAACAGGCAAAGCCAGAUAAAGAAAUACCAGAGAAAGGAAAAACUGCUGAAGAUAAAUCAGACAAUCCAGUGAAUGAACAAAACUUGAUGAGUGUUUUAGAGCUAUUGGAAUUACAGGCAAGAGCUAGAGCAAUUCGAUCUCAGUUAGCUUUGGAGAGCAAUAAGAAGCAGGAGAAAGAAAAGAAGAAAGCCCAAGAGAAAGAAGUAGCUCAAGACCAAGAUGAUGGAGAUGACGAUGCUGUGAUAAUAGAGCUUCCUAAGAAUGAAGAGAUUGUGAUUACAUCUAGUGAAUCUGAGAAUGAAGAUGGUGAAAAGAAGAAAGGUGAUGCAAUGAACGGUGAAGAUCAUUUUUGGAAAGGACAAAAGCCAACCAAUGGAAGCUUUUAUGGCAACUCUGAAGGUGGUACAAAUGCCAGAGAAGACAGUGACACACAGCCUUCAGUAGAGGCAGUGAGUCAAGAAGUAGAAAGUGGAAAUAAUUCUAAGGCUACUACUAGUGGAAAAUCUGUAGUUAUUCAACAAGUAGAGAUAAUUAGAUCUGCAGAUUCUAGUGACAAAGCAAACUCUAAAGAUGUCGCUAGUAUACCAUUACCAGCAGUCGAGGAUAAAGAAACAUCAUCAAAGGAAGAUGGAAUCAAUUCUGAAAAUCCUAUGACUGUUGAUAAUGAGAAUUUGAAAGAUGCUUCAAAAGUAGAUGGUACAAAUCAAGACAGUGAAGAGGAUGAAAAUGCAAAGAAGCAGGCUAGCAGCACAAAUACUAGAAGCGAGGAAGAUAGCGAGAAUGGAAAUGUUCCAGAUAUUUUGCAAAACAGUAAUUCAGGCAAAGUUAAAGAAGUUACUUUGGACCAAGAUUCUAACAUAAAGGAAGUUGAUUCAAAUAAAUCUAGGAUAGAGGAUAUGGAGAAGAUUGUAGAAAAACAUGAGAAAGCAGAAGAUAAAGUGUGUGUUGAUGCAGAUCCUUCAACUGAUCAAAGUUCAAAGGUUGCAUCUAACAAAGAUGGCCAGUUUAGCAAAGUGACUACAAAGAAAAAACAGAAUAAAAGGGGUGAUAUAGAAAAUGAAAAUUUAACGAAAGCAAAAGAUACAGGUAAACCUGAAACAACAGUUGGAAAAACUUCAGAAAAAGUGGCUGAUUCAAGUAGAACUGGUGAACCUUCAAGUAAAGGAUCUUUGGGAAAAACAAAACCAAAGAAAGAAGAUGCCAAAGGAAAAUGUGAUCAAAAACCACAGACGAAAAACCAAGGAAGCUUAGAAAAAGAAGAAGCAAAAGGUGAUAAAAAAUCAGAAAAUAAGGAUGAAGGAAUUAAAGUAAAAAGUGAUUCAAAAUCACAAUCUUCUGAAAGUGAAAAGAAUGAUGUAUCCCCAAAGAAAACAAAGGGUAAAUGCAAACGUAAAAUUGCAAUCAGAAAAACUACCCUGACAACUGGUGAGGAAGAAGGAAGUGAGAAGGAAAAAACAUCAAAUAAAAAACAAAAACUUGACAAGAAGAGUACUGAAAAACAUAACACUGAUGAUAAUGAAGGUAUUGAGCUGCACUGUGAUCAAGAUGAUAUGGAUUGCAUCAUUUUAGAUUAAGGAUAAUCCUUAUUUGUAUCAUCUAAAUAGAUGUAUAAAUAUACAUACGAGGGCGGUGCAAUAAGUACCCGAAGACACCAAUGUUUCCAAAAAAACAAAAAAAAAAUUCUAUCAGUUCCCAACGUUCCUGCCAUUUUUUAACCCUUUCAAAAAAUAUGCCUCUGUCUCGGUGAUGACUUCCCCGUUUGAGAUAAUUUUUUUCCCGCGAGCCAUUUCUUAAUGUUAGGGAACAAGAAAAAGUCAUAGGAGGCCAGAUCGGGUGAAUACGGGGGGUGUGGCAGCACUUCAUAACGCAAUUCAUGCAGUUUGGCGGCGACAACUCCGGAUUAAUGGCUGGUGCGUCAUCGUGGUGAAACAGCACCUUCAUUCUCGCCAAAUGUGGCCGUGUCUCCUUCAAUUUUUUGUUGAAGCGGUCCAAUAACUCGGCCUCUGCUACUUCGCGCACUUUCGUUCGUCGAUCAGCGAGAA